UGAAACAGUCUCUGGCAUUGAACUUCCCAUAGGGGUUGGGUCACAGUGGUAGGCUGAGCCUGAUUUCUGAGAAAUGCAACUGCAAGCAGGAAGCUGCUCAUUCUCCAGUCAGAAGAAAUUCUGAACUUCAGGCUGCAAUCUCUGGGACCCUUUGGCUGGCUGACUGGGCCUCCAGUGUGGAAUAAAGCAGCACCCAGUGCCAAAGGGUCCCAGAGAGCCUGGGAAAAUAUGGGGAAAGGCGAGCAGAAGACAGACAAGCCGGAUAAUCUGCUUCCAGUCCCAGGAGACGUGGAGAAAGGAGCAAAGUCAAAGCCUGCCUUCCACAUCUUUUACACAUCAUCCCCUAAAGGCACAGCUGCAGUCAAAUUUUCAGUGUGUAUCCUCCUCCUCAUCAUCCUAGUCCUGGUGAUAUCUCUGGCAGUGGUAGCGUCUCGUGUCCCUGAGCCUCUUCUUGUCAAGCUCACCUGCCCCGACGACUGGGUCGGCUACCGAGGGAAAUGUUACUAUUUCUCUGAGGCCGAAGAGACUUGGGACUCCAGCCGGAGCCACUGCUCUGCCCUGGGCGCCUCCCUGGCUGGGAUUGAUACCCUCCAGGACCUGGUUUUCCUCAUGCGUCAUAAGGGACGUGAUUACCACUGGAUCGGCCUGCGGAGGGAAGACGAAGCCCAGCCCUGGAAGUGGGCGAAUGGGACAGAAUUCAACAACCUGUUUCAUGUGACAGAAGGCGAAAACUGUGCAUACCUGAACGACGUUGCUGUCUACUCCUCCAAGUGCUCAUCUAUGAAGAAGUGGGUCUGCAGCAAGCCCAGCCUGCACCUGAGGAAGGAAUAGUAGGGGAUGGAAUAGAAAAGACUGAACACAUCUGACAGGAGCAGAUCCCAUGUCAGUCAGUUGCCUUUCCUCCUACACUGGCUGCGUUGUUGGCACGUACAGGGCACCCUCAGUCCCACACACGUGUGCUGUCUCGG